UCAUCAGAAAGGAAAUUAAUUCAGUAGGUAUUUAUUGAGCUUCUGCUAUAUUCUGACACCCAUGGGGUGUGUGGGGACCUGGGGGGGUGGAGUAUUCCAUCUGGUUCCUACCCUCAGGAGGAAGGACAGGAGUUACCUGUGGGAUCAGCUCGGGAGACCCUGCAGGGCUCAGGGGAGGCCCCUCAGGGUGGCUGUGACUCUGCCUGAGCCUUCUGCCCUAGACGAGGCUUAGUGGAAAAGUGCAGAAGUAGGUAGAACCCAGGAAAUUAGACCACGGUCUCAGCUUUGUGUGACCUUGGACAGAUCAUUUCAUCUUGAUGAUAGGAUCAUGUAUCCAAGAACCAGAGGAGAUUGUAGAGGUCAGAGUCCCGGGAAGUACCUACCACGUGUCAGGCUGUACUAAGCACUGGAAUGACACAGAGAGGCAGAAAACCAGUCGUGGCUCCCCAGGAGCCCACAUGGCCUUAUGGGGGGACAGCCAAUCAAACUGUCAUCCAGCCCAGGCUUUCUGAUUCCCAAGCUCCUCCCAUCCCCAUUCAUUCCCCUUAUUAUGCUGUAUCAGCAGCUGACCAAUGGCUGGAGAGUCAGCAGUGCCUGGCUGUGUCCCCCUCGGCAGGCAAACCUCUCUUGGCUUUGGGCUGGUUGAGUCCCCAGCUCUGGAGUGGGAACGGCACAGAGUCACUGCCGGCUCCCCUCCCCAACUGGAGUGGGGGCAGCCUAGCUACAGAGAGGAUUAAGAGGAAAAGAGAGAAUAAAGCUGGGGUUAGGAGCUGCCCAGUGAGCUUCGGAAGUUGAGCACGUGUUUAUUAAAGCCCUGCAGUGUGCCGGGCCUUGUGCUGGGUACAGGCCCUGGGGAAGCAGAUGUCAAAGGGAGCCAGCCCUUGCUGUCAGGAAGCUUGCUGGCAGCAGCUCAGCUCAUUCCAAACGUGUCCAUCCAUGUCAAAGGCCUGUUGGGUGAGGCGACCCCUGAAGGUCCUUCUGGCACCCUUAGAAGUCUGGUGCUGUGCAAAUAGAUGAAUGGAACAAAAAUAGCUCUAGAACAAGGUUUCUGGGCCCUGCCCAAGUUUUUUCAAGGAAUAUUAGCCCGGAAAAUUCAAGACAGUUGAAGAAUGUCAGAGGAGUUGGUUGUCAUGGGAUCUGUGGUGCCUGAUGGACAGCAGCAGCAGGAGCUGAAAUGUUCCCACUGCCAGGAGCCAGGUGCCACCUUAGGCUGCUACAACAAAGGCUGCUCCUUCCGGUACCAUUACCCGUGUGCCAUCGAUGCAGUGUCUGGAGAGUCAUUGCCUCAGAAAUCUAGAGGAUCCAUCCUGCCCAACACCCUGAUUUUACUGAUGAAGAAACAGGCCCAGCACAGUGGAGGCAUGAAGCUUCAGAGCUCGGAUUCGCUGAGCCCUUGGGGGUCCAGGGGAGGCCAGUGAUGGCUCCCCAACGUCCCUUCAGAUUGCUCCUGUUCAUCAAGCCAUCCACAGACAGUGUGACCUUGGCCUUUCCCUGGGGGCCACUAGGGCGUCCACUCACUGGGCUCCAGGGAUAGUCUGUUGUUGAUCUCUGUGUCAUCUCUGCUUGCUGGUUGACUGCGCUGACCUUUCUGGAGGACAUCCUCUCCCGAGCGUCGCGGCUCUGAGAGAACGGCCCUGGAGCGAGGGGUGGCCUCCGGCCCUGCUCCUGCGUGCUCUUUGCCGUGUCACGGUGGACAAGCACCCAGCUCGUGUUCUCCAUGUGUAGAAAGCAAGGAAGUGUUGUAGGAGGGGGGAGUGCUGACCAGGCUGAGUGACCCUUCAAAUAAAACUGUCGCUGAAGCGAGUGGACAUUCUAUGGGAGGACAAAACCAUUGUGGAGUAAAAGGAGUUGAGGCCAGAGUGCC